AUGUCUAAUUUGCCAUCGUUGUUUUCUCGUUUCCGCUUCUCGCUUACAAUUAAUUCUAUAAUUUGCGGAGAUGCUAUUCGUCUCCUCAUCUUUCGCCGCAAACUUCUGCAAACGAAAUAUAAUGCCAGCUUUUCACCCCGCCAAAUGCGGGAAAGGCGGCCGAAUAAUGCGGGAAUAAAACGGUUCCUACAAAUACUACAGCUCGAUAUGCGCAAAGGUAAUACCUGUACCUGGACCGACGCUUUGUUAAAAUCGCAUUUCCGGUCAAAUGGCAUUCCAGGAAAAAUCGGAUUAUUUACGUCGCCGCACUUUACAAACGAGCGAAAACUCGGCAUUUACGAAAUUAAUAUCGGCGGCCGGUGGGAUUCGACCAAUUGUUGGGACGAUACGGUUGUCUGCGGCUUUAAUACUAUCGGGUUCGACCAUACCCCCAAAUUUGGCCGCACAAUCCCAGAAAUUGCCCGGAAUAAGGCGGGCAUUAUAAAGCCCGGUUACCUGGUAUUUUCCGUCCUUCAAAUAUUUAAACUGGAAAAAAAAUCGAAUCUGGUCGGCUGCCUAUUUAUCUUUAUUAACGACCGUCCCUUUCGUAUUCCUAAUACGGAUAGGCCGGAGCUCUUUCUAAAACCGGUGCGCAACAAUUUUGCCCUAGCAAUUAAAUUAGCCGACGCAUACCUAAAGUUUUGUUUGAAUAGCCGGUUUUUAAACGAAGAUAUUAUCGGUGCCGUCCACAUUUACGAUUGGCCAAAUCGUUUCCAAAUGGUCGAAAAUCCUGGAACCAAAAUACGGUUUUAUCUUAAUUCCCCUGCCAACUUUCUAAAUAUACUUGUAUCGUUUGAUUGGUUUAUAACCCAAAUGCAAUACUACGCGUCCGUCGCCUUACCCACUCCUUUUAAACCUCGACAGCCUACUAGGAUUUUAAUUUUCGGUUAUGAUUCCACACAUCGUGACGUUUUUACGGUCGCGCGAGCAAUUGCUAACCACUGUUAUAAAUUUAAAUUUGCCUUCAAUAAAAUUAUCCUUACCAGUUAUAAACAUCCAAUUAACGGUUUACGUGCUAGCGAGACGAUGGGCGUGUGGGAGGAGAUAUAUGGAUCUCCUGUUGUCUCUUUCGCCGAAUCUGUUGAAGAUGCUCUGGAAAAUUGCAGCCCCAUUAACGAUUUGGGCUUAUAUAUGCUAAUUACUGGAUAUACCGAUUUGGUAUCGUCGGCCUUACCGGUACUAAUAACGGGGGUUAAAUUAAAACUAAACAAAUUUACCAGUUAUAAUGGGACCUCGGGAGGAAAUGGAAUACGGCUAUAA